AUGAUCGAUUCCGCAGCGAUGAGCGGUGCGCCGGUCGCCGAGGAUAACAUCAUCAAUCGGCGGGGUGGUGAGUCGAUCUACCAGAGCUGUGUCAACUUGAGGCGGAGGCUUUCCGAGGUCCCGAAUUUCGAGUCAUACCUGCAAGAGAUGGAUGAUGAUGAUCGCAUCAGAGGGAACACUGAUCCGGUAGCAUCGUUGUGGAACUGCCUGCGAAAUGGUUAUCCACUGUUGAGCAUCUAUAACGCUUCUGGUCCUGAUGAAAAGCUGGAGAUCAACCCGGAGAAGGUGACAGAAGGAAAGCGCCCCAAGGCCGCAACCUUCAAGUUUCUCCAGGCCUGCUUGCAGGACCUGGCGUUCCCUCAGCAAGAUUGCUUCUUGAUCACUGAUCUCUAUGGCGAUAGCACGACGGGAUUCAUCAAAGUGAUAAAGAUGGUCAACCGUGUGGUGGACAUCCUGGAGAUGCAAGGUCAAUUAAAGCAAUCGGAAGCCACAGAGGCUCCUCUUAAGGCGACUGGUAAACUUACCACGCGGGAGCAUAUUCUGAAGGAACUUCUUGAAACGGAGCGCGACUAUGUCCACCAUCUGCAAAAUCUCCAAGCGCUCAAAAAGGAACUAGAGGAGACAGGUGCUUUAACUGGUGAUGCGAGUCAUCAAAUUUUCCUCAACUUGAACAACUUGCUAGAUUUCGCGCAACGAUUCCUCAUUCGUAUGGAGCAACACUACGCACUGCCGGAAGAAAUGCAGAACUGGGGACAACUCUUCUUCUCGCACGAAGAAGCAUUUCGGCAGUAUGAACCUUUCAUUGCCAACCAGAUGCGUUGUGAUGAGGCUUGUCUCAAGGAGUGGGAUAAGAUCAUGUCUGCGCCCCGUUCUGUGGACUUGCAACAAAUGGUUGCGCAGCCGAAAACGCUCAACGGCUUCUUUGUUAAGCCCUUCCAGCGAUUGACUCGCUACCCGCUUAUGCUCUCAGAAUUACGCAAACAAUUAGAAGAUCCACAGCUUCAGGGUGAUAUCACCCAUGCAAUUGACACUAUUCAAAAUGUGCUGGACUUUGCGAACGAGGCGAUUCAUAAGGAACAUUUGGCCGCAGCCGUUGUUGAUCUCUCUGAGCGGGUAGAUGACUGGAAGGCAUUGAAAAUGGACUCUUUUGGAGACCUUCUUCGAUUUGGCACAUUCCAAGUAGUCAAGGGAGACAGUGGCAAAGAUAAUGAAAGAGAGUAUCAUAUUUAUCUGUUUGAACGAAUUCUUCUCUGCUGCAAAGACAUCAACCCCAACAAACAAAAGACCAAGCUCAUGAUGCAGAAGGACAAGCCGUCGCUCAACGCGAGAGGAAAGGCUCGUCUUCAGUUGAAAGGCCGGAUCUACAUGGCCAACGUCACGGAUAUCGUGUGCCUCCAGAAGCCCGGCCUCUACCGUAUUCAGAUUUUCUGGAAGGGUGACCCCGGCGUUGUCGACAAUUUCAUCAUUCGUUAUUCGAAUGAAAACAUAAUGCGCGAUUGGUACAAGGACAUCGACACCCAACGAGCAAUUCAAGCCGAGAGACGCAAUCUUCGAAACACCGGUACCUCAGACAGUGAAUUCACAUACAUGGAGGGUAUGGCCCAGAUGCCCAACCCGUAUCAACAGGAGUACGACACUGAUGACACCAAUGGCAAAGACCCUUACCAUUCUGAGUUCCCUAUGAGCCGGAAUGCAUCUAGUACCAGCUUGAGGACUCGGUCCGCCACCGGUGGCAGUACUAACUCUGUCCCUCAUCCAAAUGGCCGAUCGCGCUACACUGGAUCGACUGAUCCGACACUCUCAGUGCACACUCAAUUCUCUGGCAAUGGAAACAUGUCACCCGGCGAUCGCGGAAUGAACUCUUAUUUCUCUCCUACGGAGACUCCAUCUACCAGAUCCAGUUCCCAAUCAGGAUUUUCAUUUGGACGCCAGAAUACUAAUUCCACGACACCAUCGACUGUUUGGAAUGAAGAGUCAAAUCGAUACACAGCGCCGGCCCUAUCUCGUGUAGCGUCGCGGGAAGGUUCAACCUCUGGGGGAUACUUCCCGCCGCAGCCUAAUGGUCGAGCGGCCCAGCGUCCAUCUUUGCCUCCGCUCUCAGGGCCUCAGUCUGCCAAUGGCAUGGCUCAGCGGCUGCGUUCGGCCAGCAGUCCUGAUAUUCAUCACCAUAACAACGCUCCUCCUGGUUCUCAACGGUACAUGGGAGUGCACACUAUGCAGACGGUCGAUAAUGUCCCGGUCCCUCCGAUUCCUGCGCACAUGGCCAACAUGAAAGCGCCAGUCAACCGAAGCCAGACCAGUUCACCCACCAACAGUCAACUCCCUAUCCGUUCCCAGCCACAUCUCCACACCACGCACUUUAAUGAACCCGAAUAUAAUGAAGGACGCAACUCAGGACAACUCUCUGAUCAUGCCACCUCGCCUCUGACCCAAGAGCCCGAUGAAGGAGACCCAUACAUGCCUACUCAGCUCAAGGCUAAGGUCAACUUCGAGGACAACUACGUGACCCUGGUGAUUGCCACCAACAUCCUCUUCCGUUCGUUGACGGACCGCGUGGAUGCCAAACUGGCUCGUUUCACUGAUCGAUCCAUUGGAAACAAAACCGUUCGAUUGCGCUACCGCGAUGAGGACGGAGACUUUGUCACUAUCGAUAGCGACGAGGCGGUUCAACUCGCCUUCAUGGAGUGGCGUGAACAGCACCGUGACAUGCUUGCCAAAGGCCUCGUCGGAGAGAUCCAACUCUACUGUCAGGUGGUCGAUUAG